AUGGCUGCGCCCACGGUGGAGGAGAGUUCGACAAUUUCUGAUGAUUUCUAUGCAAUUUUGAACACCAGAAAAGAGGCUACCAGUGAUGAGUUGAGAACAGCGUAUCGUCGCAUGUGUGUCUUAUAUCACCCAGAUAAACACCUCAAUGAGAAUGACAAGAGAGCUGCAGAAGCAAUCUUUAACAAAGCACAACAGGCGUACCAAGUUUUAAAUGAUCCAAGUAAGAGGGCCAUAUAUGAUGUGUAUGGAGAGAAGGGGCUGGAGGCAGAGUGGGAGGUCGUCCCAAGAACGAGAACUGCUCAAGAUAUCCGGGAGGAGUAUGAGAGGUUAUCCAAAGAGCAAGAGGAGAGGAGGAUUCAACAGAGUACAAAUCCAAGGGGAGCGAUAACUGUUGGAAUUGAUGCAACUGAUUUAUUUGACGUCUAUGAUGACUAUGAUGAUGAAUUCAGUGGUCUUCCGGCCAUAGAAGUCAAGAGUAUGUCCAUAACACAGUCCAUUGAUGCCCCUCUUACUACAAGUGACACGGCGGUACUGUCGGGAAAUCUGUCCACGCAGAACGGCAACGGGAACGGCAGCUUCAAUGUUUCCUACAGACGGAUAUUCUCGUAUCAAUCAUGGGGAGAGUUCCAAGCAUCUGCAGGUGGUGGACCAACGCUAGCUCUGAAGUUAUUCAGGAACAUCAACAAGAGAACGUUCGUCACAUGUACAGGUACGAGCCGUCUUCUAUCUGGAGGUAUGAUAGCCCCUGGAGUGUCUGUAGUUGGUGGUCGUCAGCUCGACAAGCACACAAUGGGUUACCUGACGUGGAGAUGGGGUCUACAGUCCUCCAUGACCACUAUGGUAGUCAGAGAUACACAGUCCACACACGCCAUGUUCCAGAUGCAGCUCGGUAUUCCCAAUUCAUUCGUGAGCACAAGCUUCACCAAAAAGUUUCCGGAGCAGGAGGGGAAGUUUACAGUCGCUGCCAAAGUUGGUCUUUUUGGAUCCAUUUUUGAAUACGGGUGCGACAAGAAGAUUUCGCGUCAUAGUAGAGUAGCGGCUAAAGUCAGCAUAGGGGUACCCUCGGGAGUCACGCUCAGGUUAAAGUUAGGGAGGGCCAGUCAGACGUUCCUGUUUCCGAUCCACCUUGCUCAUGACAUCUCACCACAAGCCAUCUUCUACGGGACCGUGGCGCCUGUCCUUACAUACUGGCUCAUCAAAGCUCUGGUUGUAGAUCCAUUCUUGAACAGACAGAAGACAGAUGAAAUUGUAAAAGAACGCAACGCCAAGCAAGAACAAAUGGAGCAGAAGAAGAAAGAAGCGCAAGCCGAGGUCUAUCUAAUGGAAGAGAUGGUUGAACGCAUCAUCGCUUCCGAGCAAGCCCGGGAAGGUCUCGUCAUCACCAAGGCGUGGUACGGGAAGCUGGUUGUCAGCGAGGAGUCGGCGAGUAAUGGAGGAUGUGGGAGUCUUGACGACUUGAUGGAUGGAGUGAUCGAUGUAACGAUACCUCUACAAUGUCAAGUCAAAGAUUCAAAACUUAUACUUACGGAUGCUUCCAAGACUGGUCUUCCAGGGUUCUACGAUCCCUGCGUUGGAGAAGACAAGAACCUCCGAGUAAACUACACCUUCCGUGGUGAACCUCAUGAAUGCACAAUAGCAGAUAGCGAGCCACUCCGAAUACCCAAAAAAUCACAUCAUAUAGAUCCCAGCUGAGAUGAGUUGUCCACAUUAGAUCCGAUCAGAGACCAUUCACCAACGACAGUGUAACCUGCUGCUAUUCCUCUAAGGUCCCAUUUUAUAAAUAGAACUAUCACCAACAAAGUUUUUUGUUUUUUUAAUUCAAGAUUGGAAUUUUUAGUAGGUGAAAAAAAAGUUAAAGACCCUUGUAGGUUUGACACCAUAAAUAAGACAGAACAGCGCCCUUCACUGAGGUCAUAUGAACAAUUUUCAUUGGCCGAUAGUUGAGCGUAGCUUGUGCAGGUCUCACUGUGUGUGGUCCAGCAGACUGUUCUGCGAGUCUUUUGGAUUGCAGUUGUACCCUUCAAGAAUAUUUCCCUUGCCCCCCCCCCCCCCCAACUUGUGGGAUGCUCCCUGCUUUGGAGGGUCUGCAAUACAAACAAAACAAGUCUAAAAACUUCAGUUCAAAACUUUCUUUUACUUCCUUUUUGAUAAAAGAAGCUAACUGUGCAAACUAUCUCUCGGGGCAGUUUUUAUUUAUCGCUCUUCUGCAAACCUCUAACUUUUUUAUCUAAUAACCCAAACAAAUUAGUUUGUGGUUGGAUCAAGAAGUUUUUCGAAUACCAGUUUACCUCAUGUUGUUGAUUGUUGUAGUUUUCGAGAAAGAAGUAAUUUUCAACGAAUUUGAUUUCGCGACCUCAGAAUUAGAUUAUGACGUCU